AUUUCCUGUGAUAAAAAAUGGUGGUCACAGCUCGGGGGAGGCGACUGAGUCGGUGCAAAAAUUAACGUCAAACUUGUGAUCUGCGGGCAGCGGCGGAGCCAGCGGCCGGGGGAGGGGGCAGAGAGAGCGGCUUCACCCCGGGGAGAGACUCCGAGUCCCCGCUGCGUGUCUGCACAAAGACGUAAAGGGUUUAAAGUGGACAGUGAGCUGGAUUUCACCAUCAUGGUUCCACCAUGAGCGCACAGUCGUUGGACCUCUGGUUCUGUGAGGAGUGUCAGGAAUAUUUCCAGAAGGAGUGUCCGGCCCACGGGCCCCCGCUGUUCGUCCGGGACACCCCCACGACCCCGGGGACGGCCAACAGGGCGGCGCUCACGAUCCCAUUGGGUUUGGAGAUCUUCAGUGAGGGAGACGAGGUGGAUGUUCGCUGUGUGGACACAACCUUCCCAAAGGGGGCGCUGUUUGGGCCGUAUGAGGGAGAGCUGGUGUCCAAGGACAAAUCCUCCGGAUUCUUUUCAUGGAUUAUUGUUGACGUGAACAACACUUAUCAGUCUGUCGAUGGCAGCGAUGAGACCAAAGCCAACUGGAUGAGGUUCGUGCGGACCUCAUCAGAAGAGAGCGACAGGAACCUGACGGCGUUUCAGCACGGUAAAAACAUCUACUUCAGAGUCUGCCGGACGCUGGCGGCCGGAGAGAAGCUGAGGGUCUGGUACAGCGACGAUUACAUAAGACGACUUCACUGCGUGUCCCAGGAGAGCAUCGACCGCAACCUGCACACAGAUCCUGGGAAGCCAGCAGCACUGUCUGACCUUCAGAAGGACUUGAAGUCCCCGAGCCUGCAGUCCGCUCUGCAGGGCAAACUCAACAAACAGCCGGGCGAUGAGUCUGACGGCCAGCCUCCAGCCAAGAGAAAGAAGAUCGAUCUCAUCUUCAAAGAUGUCCUAGAAGCUUCUUUGGAGGACUCUGGUAAAUUCAGGUCCCAGUCUGGCCUCCCCAGCGAGUGUAAAGUACCAGUCCCGGGCUCUGGGUUUGAGUCAUCUGAGAGCAGCUUCAGUGUUCCCAACCUGAAGGUGGAGGAGAAAGAGGAGGAGUGCCAGAGCAGUGAGAAACCCUCCACCUCCUUCUGCCCCAACUGUGUCAAACUGAAGAGGAGGAUCCUGGAGCUGGAGGAGGAGCUGUCCCGUCUCCGAGGAGAACAGGGGGACCCGGCUGCUCCAGCGACAUCUGAACAGACUCGACCCCAACGCGAUCAGGCACCACCGCCCCCCGAGCAAGGCCCCAUCGAGGAUUUCCAAGGGAUGGAGCCCUCGACACCCACUCAGCCGGUUCUGGAUGAAGAUGACCAGGAUGUGGACUCUGCCGAUGAGUCCAUUGCUGCAGAUCUGGUGAUAUCGCCAGAGGACUCGUCGAAGCUUUCCUCUGCAGGAGGCCGACGGAUUCGCCGCUUCAAGCAGGAGUGGUUGAAAAAGUUCUGGUUCCUCCGUUACUCGCCGACCCUGAAUGAGAUGUGGUGCCACGUCUGCCGCCAGUACACCGUCCAGUCAUCCCGCACCUCAGCUUUCAUUAUCGGCUCCAAGCAGUUCAAGAUCCACACCAUCAAGCUGCACAGCCAGAGCAACCUCCACAAGAAGUGUCUGCAGCUGUACAAGCUGCGCAUGCAUCCGGAAAAGACUGAGGAAAUGUGCAAGAACAUGAUGCUGCUCUUCAACGCAGCGUACCACUUGGCCCUAGAGGGCCGACCUUUCUCCGACCUCCGUCCACUGGCAGAGCUGCUGAAGAAGUGUGAGCUCAAGGUGGUGGAUCAGUACAUGAAUGAAGGCGACUGUCAGAUCCUCAUCCACCACAUCUCUCGGGCUUUAAAGGAGGAUCUCGCAGAGAAGAUGCGCCUGUCUCCCUUCCUGAGCGUCAUAAUGGACGCCCAAAAUGACGACCUUUUCUCUGACAUGGUGGCAGUCUAUGUCCAGUUCAUCACUAACGAGGGCUCCCCAAACACCGAGUUCCUGUCCUUACAGAGACUGAGCAUGGCCAGUGUGGAUGGGUAUCUCCAAGUUAUGGAUCGUGCCUUUGGUGUCCUCGGCCUCCGGUUUCAGGACUUGCUGGUGGUUGGUUUGGGGGCGGAUGGCACCAACAUUUCUUCAGGAAUGAGAGCAAACCUUUACAUAGCUGUCCAAAAGACCUUUCCCUGGAUCCUCUGCCUUCCCAUUAUGAUCCACAGGCCUCAUUUGGAAGUUCUGGAUGCCAUCAGUGGAAAGGAGCUCUCCUGCCUGGAAGACCUGGAAAACAAUCUCAAGCAGCUUCUCAGUUUUUACCGCUACUCCCCUCGCAUGAUGGCCGAGCUGCGAUCCACGGCUCCAACGCUGUCAGAGGAGACAGAGUUCCUAGGAGACAUCAGAGCCAUACGCUGGAUUAUAGGAGAACCAAACGUCCUUAAUGCGCUCAUCAAGGAUUACCUGGAGGUAGUGGCGCACCUAAAGGAGAUCAGCAGCCAGACACAGAGGGCUGACGCAGCAGCCAUCGCUCUCACCCUCCUCCAGUUCCUCAUGGACUAUCAGUCAGUAAAACUCAUCUACUUCCUGUUGGACAUCAUAGCUAUUCUGUCACGACUGGCCUUCACCUUUCAGGGAGAUUACCUGCUGGUGUCACAGGUGGAAGCCAAAAUAGAGGAGGCCAUUCAGGAGAUAGGCCAGUUGGUGGACUGCCCUGGAGAAUAUCUGCAGGAGUUUGAGGAAAACUUCAGAGAAAGUUUUAACGGCGUUGCUUUGAAGAACUUGCGCGUUGCCGAGUCCAAGUUUCAGUCCAUCCGAGAAAAGAUCUGCAACAGGAGCCAAGGCAUCCUGUCGCAGAGGCUGGACCUGCAGAGUCGCUCAUUUGCCAAAGCCUGCAAGGUGCUGGACCUGUCCACGUGGCCCAGCAACCACGAGGAACUGCAAGCCUAUGGGGAGGAGGAAAUCCAGAUUAUAUUUAACCACCUGGAAUCGAUUCCCUCUGCAGCUCAUGAGGGCGCCCAGACGGAGACCAGAGGCAGUCUGGUGGUGGAGUGGAAGGAUCUGAAAGCAGACUACUACAGUAUGAACGGUUUUAAGGAGGUGAUCGGCCACGUCUGCAGGUACAAGCAGCGUUUCCCCCUGCUGAACCGCAUCGUGCAGGUCGUCAGGGUCCUGCCCAGCUCCACGGCCUGCUGCGAUAAAGGCAGAGGAUCUCUGCAGAAGAUGUGCAAGAACAACCGCUCUCGGCUGACCCUGGAACAGAUGAACGACCUGCUGACCGUGGCCAUUAACGGACCGCCCAUCACUAACUUUGAUGGGAAGCGAGCGUUGGACAGCUGGUUUGAGGAGAAGUCCGGCAGCAGCUACUCCCUCUCAGCUGAGGUGCUGAACAGGAUGUCUGUCACUGAUCAGAAGUCAGUGCUGCACAGCGUCGAUGUCAACGCAGAGUUCUAUCCCGAUAUUUAACGGGCGAACCCAGUGGUGCACUGGUGCCAGAAACUGCUGUGUAGCCAAGCCAGGGUGUAUUUAAAGAAUGCGAAGCCAGGUCAUCUAAAAAUAAAAAUUAAUGCUUUCUAAUCCACGUACUUCUGUUUAGGGCUGAAUUCAGCACAUUUGUGUGAUGCAUGUUGAAAAGUCACAAUUACCACCAACAACUAAGUUUAGCUGACGAAGCCAUUCAGUCUGAAGGUCGAGAUCCAAAAAUUCAAGAAAACUCAGCACCAGGGUGGCUCAGCGGUUGAGUGGGCAGCCACAUAGGCUGCGUGGUGGUGCAGACGGCGCAGGUUCAAGUCCCGACCUAGUCACCAUUUAGUGCGUGUCCUCCCCCAUCUCUCCUCCCGCCUUCCUGUCUCUCUCCACUGCACAAGCGAAUAAAACCACAAAAGGCCAAAAAAUAAUUAAAAAAAAAAAAAUUUCAAGAAAACUCAAGGCAGUCUUACAGCCUUUGGCUCCCUCCAUCACAUGAUCACAUUUCUGCUCGACCAUCUCUCAUUGCCUGAAAACACUGUGGUCCAAAGUCUGGAGCUAUAAAAUAACAGCUGUGAAUUUUUAGCUUCAUAUAUCAAAAACUUUUUUUUGAAAAAAAUGCUCCAUUGACCUGCUUCCAGCAUGUUUUUCGUACUUUGAAAUCUGAGGCCGUUUGAACAUGAAUAUCUAAAAAUCUGUUUAAGAUAAAAGCCUGAAAAACAAGCCAACAACCUGAUCCAGCAGCAGGAUCAGGUGCUCCGUGCUGUGGGAAUGAAUGCUGCGAGAACUGUGACAUAUAUGAAAAUGCUAAACUUAACCUGAAUUAUCAGACCAGAGUUUAGUUCUGUUUGUUUUCAUGUUUCAAUCCAGCAUGAAAGCUGAAUGAGAAUAUCAUUUCCUUCAUUUUUGUAACUAAGAAGUUUUCAGCAUGUUUCAUUUUGCAUUAUAAUGACAUUCAGCUAUACUGCUCAAAAAUUUUAACAUUUUGAAAACAUAUAGGGGAAAAAAAAACAAAACAUGCUGGAUAUCUACAGUAUACUGCCAGAAGUAUUCACUCACCCACCCAAUCACUGAAUUCAGGUGUUCAGUCACAGGUGUAUAAACCAAACACCUCAGCAUGCAGACUGCUCUCAGGAGCUCAGUGAGUUCUCGUUGUCUCAUUGUUGCCCCUCUGGCGCAGACUUACCUGCCCAGAGCAGCAUCCCAGAUGUUUGACGCUAAAGUCUGAUUUAAAAGUGUUCCUUUAAUAUUUUUGAGCUGCGUAUAAACCAGUCAGAAAUUGUCACUAAUUGUCUUGUGACAAUUAUUAUUCUGUGCUCAAAUAUGGGACUGCACGGGAUACUAUUUUUGAUGUCUGUCCCAAAUCACAGAUCCUGUUGUUUAUGGUCAAAGAGGCCGGCAUGUUCAAACAUGGCCUCAGAUUUCAGUGUGGAUGAGAUUUUAUUACAUUUUUUCAUAAAUACCCAGAAAAAUGUUUGAUGGAUGAAGCUGAAGUUUCACACCAGUAGUUACAGAUGUGAUGCGAGAUGGACUGUCCGCUCUGAAAGCGUCUGAGGAAAUUUCUUGAAAAAGCUGCGACCUGCAGGGUGAGGGGGGUGAGGAUCCCCUGCACAUGGUGCGUUUAAGGGAGCUGCAAAACAAGUUACAAAGCCUAAAUAUAAAGAGUGUCUCUCUUGCUUUCAGAGGGGCAUCAUGCGGGGGUAUUCAUGAGCGAUACGGGGGGGUAUCAUGGCUGGAAACCAGAGUUCUGCUGGUCAUGGAGGGGGGGGAUCACAGGUAAACCUCGUCGACAGGUUUACCUGUGAUCUCUGCUCUGCCCUGUUUCACCUCUUUGCCAUACUCACAUGGGAAUCUUAUUGCAGAAGCACUUUGAGGCCAGAAUAUCUGAAAGGUACAAUCUUCUAGUCUGUUAGGCUUCUGUGGAUGAACUGAAACAUGAUCUCAGCUCUACCCUCAAGAGGUUACUGGACAAAAAUGCCCAGAAAGUACUUCAAAACGUCCACACAUCAAUGCAAAAUCCCUGUCAAAAGGCUCAGAGAGCCAGAACAAACUGACCAAUGAGAAAUAAAACGUCCAGAAAGACACAGAGAUGCAAACAACAACGGAGAGGCAGUGAAACGUGACUGAAGAAGCACAAAAACAGCUGAAUGUGACUGAACACGGACACAAAAAGGCGCCGCAGGCCGAGCGCGCGCCGUCCUGGCGUGCUCGCGCUCACUGAGCUGCGUUUGUUCCUUAUGAUAAUGAAGCGCUUGUUGCCAGAAUAACAGACAGUUUCAGAUCGGGGACAGUCGGCCGCUCUCUGCUUUAGCUUAUCUGCCAGUGGGUUAUUGAGUGUCGUAGUGCUGACAGGAAUGAAAAGCUAGAGUGUAAGGAUGUAUAAAGGCUUUAUAUUUCUAUUAGAAAUGCCCUGCUGCGCACGGUAUAUACUGUGGUAACUGUACAUACUGUAAAUGCUUUGAAGCCUGUUUUUAAAGGAGAGUAUUUUUCUCUUGAAUUGGACGUUUGUGCCAAAAUGAUUGAAUGCAAAGAAAAAGGUGCUAUCCUGUGACGCCAUGCUGUAUUUUUGCUAUAUUUGUUCAAUCUUUACCGCAGUGAAUGAUCUAUUUUAAAACUGUUCUUAAUGCCAUUUCCCACAGAUGUUCUGCAGGAUAAGUUCUGCCUCGGCCAAAGCUUCAGAUCAGUUUUAAAGCUGCAUGAUCGGCUGUUGCUUUCAGCUCGUUCUUAAGUGUUUUAUAAUUAUUAUGAAGAUCUGUUUGCUCAUGUUUAAUGCAGAAAUAAAU